AUGUCUUUGGGAAUGUCUUACAAACCCAACCCUCAUCAGCACAUUCCAGGAACUUCAGGGAACCAGGCUGUCGGUUUCUCGUCAUCUGUUUAUAAAAAUAAUUUACUUUCUCCUGCAGCUGGAAGCGUCCCAUCUCCCUCGUCAAGUGCUCCAAAUGUACAGUCGUAUAGGCCAAUUUUAAACGACUAUGGGCCGCCCUCCUUGGGUUUCUCUCAGGGUCCAAACGGAAGCCAGGUUCCCCAGAGCAAGUAUGCUGAACUUCUGGCCAUUAUUGAAGAGCUGGGAAAAGAAAUUAGACCAACAUACGCAGGGAGCAAAAGUGCAAUGGAAAGGCUAAAACGAGGAAUCAUUCACGCCAGGGGUCUGGUACGGGAAUGUUUGGCAGAGACGGAGAGAAAUGCAAGAUCCUAGCUGUGGAACCCCCGUCCUAUUCAAGCAAUGGUCAGCAGUGAUACACUGCAUUACGUAAAACCCUUCCGUCUGUUUAAUAGAAUGUACAUUUUUUGGGGCGUUUCUGGAAACACCUGACAAAAGACCAUGUGGAUUUUGUACAUGCAAAUGUUGAGCUAUCUUAAUUAUUUUUGGCCGUUCAAAAAUGGGAGAAAAUUUCGCUCCCUCGGAGACCG